AUGUUCAAGAAAGCCCUCCAAGACCACUCAGGCAGUGGCACGAAACCUCUUCAGCAAGCCGACUUAUUGCAUGCUAAUUCAAUGGCCCAUUCGAAGCCACAAUUACAAUCACAAUCCGGUGGUGUCAAACGAAAAAUCGAAGUGGCCGAGUCCUCGCUGGGGUCCCUUCAUAACGCGGUUUAUUUCGAUGAAAAUGACUUCGAUGAUGAUCUGGACCUCGAUGAGCCCUAUCCGCUGAUUAUGCCGAGUGUGGCUGGCACCGCCAUCUCCAACAAAGUCACAUAUCCAAGCCUUGACACUACAUUGGGAAUCGACCGGUCUGUUUGCGGCAACGAAAAUCUAACAGAUGUCAAUUACCCCGAUCUUCCAUCCAUAUCCCAAGAAGCAGAAGCUCCUCCCAGCAGCAUGCAGUUACCUUGGUCGUCAUCGCCGCCCUCUCAUUUCCAACCGCCCGCGAAGAAACCUCGUACUCUUCCUUGGAUGAAAGAAGAAGAGGAACCCCGCGAAGACAAGAAAAAGAGCUUUGUGACCCCCAAACGGUCGAGGCCUGCAGAACCAUGGAACAAGUCCGAGAGCACCAUCAAAGCGGAACAGAGAGAGUUGCGACAAGAAUACAAGAAGACGCAAAAAAGCGACAUAAACCCGAAACCAGAGAACUGUUCGAAGGUGCACAAUGUUUUCUUGAGUGAAGAGCAACAAGCUGUUCUUAAGACUGUUGUCGAGCGCGGAAAGAGCAUGUUCUUCACUGGUUCUGCAGGAACAGGAAAAUCGGUACUCAUGAGGGAAAUUAUUGCGCAGCUGCGAUAUAAAUAUCGCAAAGAAUCCGAUCGAAUUGCAGUCACAGCAUCAACAGGUCUUGCGGCCUGCAAUAUCGGGGGUGUGACUCUCCACAGUUUUGCUGGGAUAGGUCUAGGCAAAGAGCCAGUGCCCGACCUAGUGAAAAGGAUCAAGAAAAACCCGAAAGCUCGAAAUCGUUGGCUGCGUACCAAAGUCCUUGUCGUUGAUGAAGUCUCCAUGGUGGACGGGGAUCUAUUUGAUAAACUCGAAGAGAUUGCCCGACGAAUGCGCAACAAUGGUCGUCCAUUUGGAGGAAUCCAGCUUGUUGUAACAGGCGACUUCUUUCAAUUACCUCCAGUCCCAGACGGAGGCAACCGGGAGGCAAAAUUUGCGUUUGCAGCUGCUUCCUGGACCACUUGUAUCCAACAUACCGUUCUCUUAACCAACAUCUUCCGUCAACGAGAUCCGGAGUUUGCUAAUAUGCUGAAUGAAAUGCGACUGGGUAAAAUCACCCCUCGCACGAUUGAGGCUUUUAAACGGCUCUCUCGGCCCCUUGAUGCCAAAGACCAGUUCGAGGCAACGGAACUGUUCCCAACCCGCGCUGAAGUGGAUGGUGCCAACUCUGCACGCAUGGGAAGACUUUCUGGCGAGAUUAUGAGGUUCAACGCAGUGGAUUCCGGAGCAAUUCAGGACCCUCAGCAACGCGCGAGACUGCUGGCAGGCUGCAUAGCCCCUCCUAUGAUCCAGCUGAAGAAGGGUGCCCAAGUGAUGCUCAUUAAGAAUAUGGAGGAUUCGCUUGUCAAUGGCUCUAUUGGGAAAGUGGUAGCUUUCAUGAGUGAAGAUUACUUUGAGGUUUUCAGGGAAAACGACAAAAACUUUACCGGUGACGCGACGACUGGAAGCGAUGAGGAGCGGGCUCACCAAGCUAGAAAAAAGCUGAAGCCUAUGGGAAACCAAGAAGGCGCAGCUUCAAUGGCCCGGAAAUGGCCGCUUGUAUCUUUCCUUCAGCCAGAUGGGUCAGAACGCCAGUUACUGUGUCAACCAGAGACGUGGAAGGUUGAGCUUCCCAACGGAGAAGUACAAGCCCAACGUCAACAAGUUCCGUUGAUAUUGGCGUGGGCCCUGUCCAUACACAAGGCCCAAGGCCAGACUCUUCAACGUGUAAAAGUUGAUCUGGGUCGAGUGUUUGAAAAGGGCCAGGCUUAUGUUGCACUAAGUCGAGCGGUGUCACAGGAGGGACUGCAGGUUACUCGAUUUGAGCCUCGGAAGGUGAUGGUGCAUCCGAAAGUGCAGGAAUUCUACUCCAAACUCACCAGGGGCACAGAGAUCAACAAGCCGAAGUCCUCAAUUGCUUUGAACCCAGAUGACUUUGAGGACGAAGACUUUUGA